ACCCCAGCACCUCCCAGGGCGGGGCUUCCUGGCUUAUUUUUCCUCCGCGCGCUUUUUCUGCACCCAAGGACACCUUUGGCUUCAUUUCCUGAUCUCACUGCCUCACCUGCGGUGCUGUCCCAGCUGGUGGAGCAGGCGGGCAUGCAGCAGACAGGACUCGCUCUCGCCCUCGCGGCUUUGGCUGCCUGUGUGGCUCUUCGCACCUCCGAAGCCAUACUUCCCAUUGCUUCCAGCUGCUGCACCGAGGUUUCCCAUCAUAUUUCCAGAAGGCUUUUGGAAAAAGUGAAUUCAUGUCGCAUUCAGAGAGCUGAUGGGGAUUGUGACUUGGCUGCUGUCAUCCUUCAUGUCAAGCGCAGAAGAAUCUGUGUCAGCCCGCACAGUCAUAAUAUUAAGAAGUGGAUGAAAGAACAAGCAGCCAAGAAAAAUGCUAAAGGCACCAUUUGCCAUAAGAAGAAACACCCCAGCAAGAGGAACAGUAAAGGGGCACAUCAUAGGAAACAUGAAACACACGACCAUGAAACGCCUUAUUAGAGAGUUGACGAGUGAAUCUACGCAGAUGAUUCCUGAAGUGAACUUGGCCACGGUUGGUUAUUAAUUUAUCACGUGAAUGUUCCUUAUUGGAAGCCAAGAGGGCAAAACAAAAUAUUUGUUUUUAAAAGGAACAAUUAUACAGUAGGCAAAUGUAAUCAGUAAUAUACUCAACUGAAAAAUGAAAUCAAAAGAUAAUACAGUCAUGUGCCGCAUAAGGACGUUUCUAUAAACAAUGGACCACAUAUCCGAUGGCAGUUCCAUCAGAUUAGUACCACAGAGCCUAGGUGUGUAGAAGGCUAUGCCAUCUGGUUUGUGUAAGUACAAUCUAUGAUGUUCGCACAAGGACGAAAUUGCCUAACAACACAUUUCUCAGAAUGAAUCCCCAUCGUUAAGCGGAGUAUAACUGUACUCAUCUUCAUAUGAUAUUUUGAGAGCAGCAUACAGACAUAAUUUCCCCAACUUUUUUAUUAUGAAAUUUUCCAAACCUACAAAGAAGUUGAAAGAAUGGUACAGUGAACACCUGUAUAUCUUUCACUUAAUCAUUGUUAAUAUUUUGCCACAUUUGCUUUCUCUCUCUCUUCUCUUUGUAUGUAUGUGUAUAUAAAACAUUUUAUAUCUAUAUAAAUAUGUAACUUUUUGCUAAACAAUUUGAAAAUAAGUUGCAAACAUCAUGAUACUUCACUCCUAAAUUUUUUUUGGUGUUACAACUUGGCAUCCCUCAAGAAUAAAGACAUUUUAUAUAUAAUCACAUUACCAGCUUUAGACCUAAAAAAUUAAUAGUUUCAAUAAUAUAUACAAAUACAUAUUAAUCUAACCUAAUAUAUAAUAUUGUCAUCUAAUAUAUAUUAUAUAUAUUUACGUUUCUACAUCCAAAUUUCCCCGACUAUUUCCAGAGCAUUUUAUAUAGGUUUUUUUAAAACCAAUCAAGGUUCACAUAUUGCAAUGAAUUGUUAUAUUUCUUUCAUAUCUUUUAAUCUAAGAAAGUUCUUCCGCUUUUUUUCUUUUCUUUCCUCCCAUGACAUGGACUUUUUAACAGAGCAUGAGCCAUAAUCUGCUCCACAUUCUGGAUUUGUCUGUUUUCUCAUGAUCACGUUCAGGUUUAACAUUUUUGGUAAGAAUGCUUCCUGUAUGAAUUUGUAUAUUUAUUAUUGCAGUAUUUGGAGUUCAUGAACAUUAGAGUUCAUUUUCUACGUAGAAAAGUUUUAGCUGCAUAUCACUUUAAAACACCUAGUUUGAGCACUACUGUUGUUUGGAUUGAUAAAUUCUGAUGCUGAAAAAAAAAAUCUGCUUUGCUUCAGCGGCUGUCUGCCUCCCACAGUCGGCUCUUGGAGCAGCACUAGGGAGGGGUCCAGAGUUGGGUUUCAGGAGGGACGAUUUGACGCUUUCCCUAAACAAGGGGCCUACGUCUUUCAACUCCUAACCUUUCCCACAUCUUGUGCAUUGAUUCCCAUGGCACUGCUCCUCUUUUGGACUCUUUUUUGCUCACAGAAGCUUCGAGAUAUAGAGUAAGAUCUAGCUUUCAUAAACAGUGUCAACACAAAUAAUCCAUAAUCAAUCUAUAAAUCAAAAUUGGGGGGCCAGCCCAGUGGUGCAGUGGUUGGGUUCUCACGUUCUGCUUUAGCAGC